GUCAGCAGCAGCGGCAGGGGCGGCCCGGCUCCACUGUGGGGAGCGUGAGCUACAGCAGCGGCGACAGCAGCAGCAGCAGCAGUCUCCUUCCUCCUAGUUCUCAUCCUUUUCCUGAGCGUCUAAAGCUGCAGCUGCAGCCGAACCAGUCCCGGCAUCCCCGCAGGCGACAGCAGCAACGAAGCCCUAUGCUGCCUUAACCAGCUCCCGGCACAGUCCAGCCCCAAAGGCGCCCGCGCCCUGGGGCAGUGCUGGGAAAGCUGCGUCCAGUUCUCGCCUCCUCCGCGGGCAUUUCCCAUCUUGCUGCUGCACCUCCUCCUCCUCCUAUACGCCUUCCUUUCCCUUUCUCUCUGCAUUCCCCGGAGCCCGGGCGGCCUCCGCGGGCGUUGCUGCACCUCCCCAACCCGGGGCACAGGGAGCUGUUGUCAGCCCCCUGCGUUCACUCUGCCCCUGCUCCUCAUCGUUGCGGUGCCCACCUAGGAACCCUCGGUCAGGGAAGGCAGACGCCCGCAAGCACCAGGGAGGAAAAGCGAGCGAAGCGGCCCCGAGGGGACCCAAGGGCGGCGGGGUGGGUGCGGUGCGCUCUUGGCUGACAGCUGUGUCUCCAGCUCUGGACUUGCAGUUGCUUGGCGCCGCCGAGAAGGAAGGACUUGUUGACCCCUGCCCAGCGUCCGUGUCGGUGUCCGUGUCCGUGCCACGGAAGCCCGAGGGACCAGGGUUCGAUGAACCAAGUUGCUGCCCGGCUUCCAUUUUGGUGCAUCUCCCUUCGCUUCUUGGGGUGAGUAGGGGCGACCCCCGCACCCCCAGGGCCUUUCUCCAGGAGCUUCGUUCCCCUCUUUUCUCGCCCCUCGGAGGCCCGGAAGCUUGGUGCUGUUGGGGUCCCUGCUGUGGUCGCCAACGCUAAGACUUAAGGCGCACGGACUGUGGAGAUCUGGGUGGUUGGUGGUCCAAGCUUUGGCCUUUUUAACUGUUGAUAUUCACAACUAAACAAAGCAUGGGGAGGAAACUAGACCUUUCCAGUUUGACAGAUGAUGAAACCGAACAUGUUCUUCAGGUAGUUCAGCGAGAUUUCAAUCUUCGUAAGAAAGAAGAAGAACGACUAAGUGAGAUGAAACAAAAGCUUGAUGAAGAAGGCAGCAAGUGUAGCAUCCUCUCCAAGCACCGAGAGUUCACUGAGCACUGCUGCAUGCGCUGCUGUGCCCCUUUCACCUUUCUACUCAACACCAAGCGCCAGUGCUGCGACUGCAAGUACAACAUCUGUAAAAGCUGUAGUUCCUACCAGAAGAAGGAGAGGAUGUGGCUCUGCUGUGUCUGUCAGCAAACCAGACUCCUAAGGGCCCAGUCCCUAGAAUGGUACUACAAUAACGUGAAAAGCCGCUUCAAACGUUUUGGCAGCGCCAAGGUCUUGAAGAACUUGUACAAAAAGCACAGACUGGAGAGUGGAGCUUGUUUCGACAUAAUAGAAGCAAGUUUUUUGGAGCCGAGUCUGGAGAAUGAAGGAAGCAUUAGUGGCAGUGAUUCUACAUUCUACAGGCAGACCGAAGGACACAGCAUGAUGGACACCCUGGCUGUAGCCUUGCGUGUUGCUGAAGAGGCUGUGGAAGAGGCCAUUUCCAAGGCAGAAGCAUCCGGUGACAGUCUGGACAAGCAGAACGAAGCUUGUUAUCUUCGUGAACACAAGGAGGAGUUGAUAGAAGAACUUGCCACCACCAUAGUGCAGAAGAUCAUAAGGAAGCAAAAAAGCAAAGAACAGACAGAGAAGGAAUCUGAUUGGACGCAGCCAAGUAGCAAUGCAAGGAAGGUGACUGGUCAGAGGAUGCCAGCUUUUCCAGGGGAACAACAAGCAUCCUGCUCACUCUUGCAGAGAUCCCAGUCUGCAUUCUCCCUAACUGGUCAAGAGGCUCCAAGCAAGGAGUCGAAGGUCUCAGCACCCCUGGAGACCCUGUGGGCAGAGCAGAGAGUCCAGGAGCAGAAACCAAAGGAACAAGAACAUGCUGCCUUACCCAGCUGGAAGAGCAUGGACAGACUGGAUGAGACAAAUCCGGAGGACCCUGUUUUGCAAAGUGCUGAUGGGAACUGGGUAGCCUUGAAGAAUAAGCUGUUUCCUCAUCACCGCCUGUUGGCCAAAUCCAAGAGCCAGGCUUUCCAGGCUCUGGAGAAGGAGUCCAGUGUGGUGUCUGCCUAUGAUGAGAUGGGCUCAGACAGUGAGGAUGACUUUGACUGGAAUAUGACCCUGAACAAGCUCCACCAGAGACCCCAGAGCCUGUCGGAAAAUUCCUACUCCACCGAUUCCCCGCACCAUACCGAGUGGGCUUAUGGCCACGACCAGUGUCCCCGAGGAAUGUCCCCCUCCUCUGGUCUCUACACCAAUACCGAGGCCAUGUGCUCUGACUCAGAGACUUCUUCGGUGAGCUCUUCCAGAGAAGUCCAAGGGCCAGCCAAGAGACCCUGGCUCCAGAGAAAACCUCCCAGCAACCACUCCUUAGAAAAAGCACACCUACAAGGAGGGCUGGAUGUGAACUUCAACCCCCAAGCCACUGACACCCAGGACUCAGACAGCAGUGAGGCUGAGGCCACUCACCAUACAGCCGACAAGCGGUCAAGGAGGUGGAGGAGGAAUAAGCUGGCCUCCGAGGAGCUGGGCGAAGAACAGCCCCCUACCCAAAGCCAUGAGAAAGAUUCAGACUCGAAUCAGGUUUUUGAUGAUUUGUCAGAGACUGAUAUCAGCAGUGAAGAUCACCAUCAUAAAAGCAGGACAAACGACACAGAAGACAAACUGAAGUCCAGGUUGUUUGAAUUAGCUGCUAAAAUGAGUGAGAAGGAAACCUCUUCAGGUGAGGAGCAGGAGUCAGAGCCCAGGACGGAAUCGGACCAUCAGAAAGGAAGUCUGUCCUCUGAAGACAAUGGCCAGUGCAUUCAGGAAGAAUUGAAGAAGGAAAAGAGAGAGGCUUUAGAUGUCUGUUUAAAGCUACAGUUUUUGUCCACAGUGCUACAACAGAAGUACUCAGCUGUGUCCCUCUGUAAUAUCUCUACGGAAGUCCUGAAAGUCAUCAACGCUACAGAAGAACUGAUUGCAGAAUCGACAGGUCCCUGGGAUUUCCCAGCAGAUCCUCCAGAGAGAGAGAAAGGACCAUUUCCUCUUGGGACAGACCACGUGAGACUUGAUGAGCAACUCACUUCACUGGAAGAAAAUGUAUACCUGACGGCAGGCACCGUCUAUGGCUUAGAGGGCCAGCUGAAUGAGCUGGAGGAUGCUGCCCGCAGAAUCAGCAGCACCACAGGAGAACUGGAGCUUGCUGAGCUAGAGGACCAAGUGGCCACAGCAGCAGCCCAGGUGCACCAUGCAGAACAGCAGAUUUCAGAUAUCGAGAGCAGGAUUGCAGCCCUGACAUUGGCAGGGUUGAACGUGGCUCCAUGUGACCGUCUGACAAGGAAACGCAAUCAGAAGCAAAUGAACCAGGUACAGACUAUUGACACAUCAAGACAGCAGAGGAGAAAACUCCCAGCCCCGCCAGUGAAAAAUGAGAAAAUGGAGGCUGCUUCCCUAACGUCUGUUAAAACCUUUAACCGGAAUUUCAUACUCCAAGGGUCUAUGACACAAAGGACUAAAGAAAGAAAAAGUACUGCCAAGGACUUGAUGGAACCAACUCCAGGAUCCGCCAUAAUGUUUUAGUGGUACAGAACUCUACUGCCAAUCACACACUGCCUCCAGCUGUAUACACCAGUGCCUUUCUUGAACAGCCAUUGUAUACAGUAUGUCCCAUAGAAAAUAGGCCCCAGAGGAGCUUUGCUUCCUCUGGGAGCAGGGCUUUCUUUUUGUCUUGGAUACCUCAUUGAGAAAGCUGUCCAAGGCUUCAGCAUUCUGGUCUGCUAAUGGAAACUUUGCCUUAUGUUCCCUUGAGAAUCCAGGAAGGAUACUAAGAUACUAAGUUUCCAAAGCAAAGUUCUUUGUUUUACAAAUGGCACUUUCCCCCUCCCCUGUCAAUCAAUUGUGCUAAAGAAUGUCGUCUUUUAAGAUAAUGUUUGUGACUUUUUUUUUUGGUAGCCCUGAUUCCAGGAGAUGUCUAUCAAAAUUCCAUCUGGUAAAAGAGGAAAAGACCAUUUAGCCUGCUCCUACUGGCUGCUUAGUUCUCACAAAGACCUUUCUGACUUAUGCAUGCUAAGGAAAAUGGCCCUAGUAGUGAAUGCUAGAUUCACUGAUGUUGGAAGUGGUAAGAGUGCAGUUUUCAUUCUUAAAAAGCAAGGGGAAAAAAAAAAACUACCAAUGAGCAGAGGCAUCUGUUAUUCCCUUCUCCAUCUGCCAGGCUUCUGGCUCAUGGUUCUUACGGUGAUUUUUAUUAGUUUGCAGUCACGAACUAUGAUGUCACAUUCCACCAGGACAGCUCCUGGUGAAAUAAAUAUGGCACACCUAAACAAAGAUAUAUUUAUGUUUCAUCUCCAUCCCAGGGACUAUCUUGUAAUCUGGGCAAGUCACUGGUACCUCAACCCCUUCAGCAACAAUUGGGGAUUCAUCCAUUGAGCAGGAAUCCAUGGGCCAUCUUAGGACUUAACCUUUCCCACCACAAGGAAAGAAAAGUGAUGGCAAACACAUCCCAGAACUCACCUUCUGAGCAUUAUUCAAGAUUAAGGAUGUGCAAUUUAGUACUACUGUUAGCUCACACGCUUACAUUAUAGUAUACAGCUUCCAAAGUCCUUUCCCUCCCUGUGGGAGAUAAGUAGUGAAUAUAGUAGUAUCCCCAUUAUACAGAUAAAGAGAUUAAGACUGGUUUUUAGAAGCAGAAGAUUCAAACCUAGGUUUUCUCACUCCCACAUCCAGGGCUCUUUCCACUAAAUAAAGGUCUGUUGGGGAGGAUUUAUAAUAGAAGAGUACAAAAGAUAAGGUGAAUACAAAAUUACUUACAAUGCAAAUUAGUGAAAGCCAGUUGGAAAAUAAUUUAAGAAUCAAUCAAAUUGUUUCAAAGGAAAUCCUAAAACCCUUUACCAACAAAAAAAAUUAUCAUUAUAAGCAACAUGACUCCAGGUGAUAAAGCAUAGCAUCAAUAAACUAUAAUGUUAUUCUGGGCAUGUGUGGACAGCAGGAAUAGGUAAUAAAUUUGUGUCAAAUUACAGUCUGCUCACAAAAACAAACAGACCUAAAAACUUCAUUCAGUAAAGUGGGUCUUGUUUAUUCAUAAGUUAUUAAUGGAGAAUCUAAUUAGGAGGGUUGAAUUAAUUGGAAUGCCUCAAAAAACCCUCCUUUUACAUCAUUUUAACCUCUAGAUGAUUGGUUUAUCUGUUACACUAUUUCCCAAUCUUGGUGGCUACAAGUAUGGGUCAUGAGCUGACCCUGAUGAUGAUUUGCAUAUUUGUCUAAUUAUACUAUUUACUAAUACUGUGUAUGUGUUAUCCAACUUAAAGACUCAUUUGAAUAGAGUAAAAUUUUUGGCUUUUGUUCCAUUGGUGUGAUUUAAAACAAAAUAGAAAAGAAAAAAGCCCAAAAUACAAAAAAACUCCAAGUUCAAAAUAGAAUGUUUUCCAUAAAGAGGCAUGAGAAGAAGCUACUGUUGUUAGUGUUAAAAUAUUCUGUCUUCUUUGACAAAAAUGUGUCCUGUGUAAGCAUUGCAAAAAAAAAACAAAAAACAACAAAAAAACAACAAAAAACUGCUCUAUGGCAUUUGAAUUUUUACAACGGUUUCCUUGUGCCAAAUCUGUGUGAAAAUUUAGUUUUAUCAUUCAAAAAAAAAUCACAAAAGCAUAUGUUCUAUCAACGCGGAGGAUUAUUUUGUCAUCAAGUGAUUUCAAUCUUUAGUGUUAAUAUUUAUAUUUAGAUUAAUUUUUAUAAAUGAAAAUAUUUUAAUGGUUUAAGAAAAUUAAGACUCUUUAAUGAUUUCUUUAAUGAAGUCUGAGUAUCUGAGUACAAGUUAAGCUUGCCUUCAUGUUAUCUGCAUCUUUGCCAAGAAUUACUGUCGGGAGAAGUGAUAACAGAGUAAAAGUCAUUUAUGAAAAAUAA